UAUUUUAUGAAUUUCGCCGGCAAUGUUCUCUCUCUUUUUAGCGUUCUUUUCUCUUUUCGUGCGGACUUUCCGGCUUUGAUGGGAUUCGAAUUCAAGCCAUACCAGCUUCUACUGCUCGUGACUCUCUCCCCUUGCCCCGCUCGCACGCAGCACGUCCGACGGCGACGGAGGAAGAAUUAGGGUUCUUGCUUUCUCGCUUGCCGGAGAUAUAGUCAUGGCUGUUGAGGAUGAUAAUGUUGAAGGUUCGAUAUCUUCAGCUUUUCUUGCAUUGAUGGAUUCUAAGCAAAACGAAGAUCUGCUUUCUGCUGAGGACGUAGCGUGGAUCGACUCCUGUCUGAUCAAAGAUCCUGAGAUUCUUGAAAGUAGCUGGGAUUCUCUAAACGAUGCCUUGCUUGAAGUGCUUGACUUCCAUCCUGAUUUUACCAAUCAUUCUUCAAUGGAAAGUGACGAGUCCAUCGUAGAAGAUGACAUUGAGAUAUUUACUCCAUCAAAAAUAUCAGUAUAUGAAUGCAAUGAAUCUUCUGGAAGAACGGUUGAGGAUCUCAUCUCUAUGGAUAAGGAAGAAAUAGACGGUGAAAGUACUCCUUCUGACAAUAGUCCUUCCUUACGAGGUUCACUAAGAAAUGCUUUGCAACCUAAUUUCCAAGAGUUCCCUGAGGAGAGGACAAAUGACGACUCAGAAUUGAAUGUGGAAGCCACUGAGACAGAGUUAUCAAGUGCGGAAAUUUUCAAGGUUUGGGAUUUAGAUGUGCCAGAUGAGGAAGACAAUUUCGCAAAAGAGUUGAAUAAGGCACUUGGAGGAAGCUCCAUUCAGCCUUCUCCAUCACAUCUAGAAUCUUCAAUUGCACGGAAAGACUCAAAGGAUGACAUGGUUGAAAACCUAGUUGCCGGGAUUGCAGACCUGUCUUUAGAGCAAGAUCUACCGCAAUAGUUUUGUCUAGGUCAGUAUUUUGGCGCAUAUUUAUUGAUAGGUUGGCUUGAAAUUAUUGUCUCAGUGUUUUGCAAACAGAGGAGGACAUUGAGCUUUUCUGGGUUUUGGAUGGGGAGGUUGAAUUCUGGGUGGGUCGAAUGCUGGUGCAGCACCAAGAUUAGCUCCAUGAGAACCUCUACCCAUUCAGUAGCGCUUUUCAUUUAUUCUAGUGGUGUUCUCUCUUCUUCUUACAUUUAUCUGUUUUGAGCGCUUUGACAUAGUCCUUGGAACCAUUGGGAAUUCUUACAAGGUAUAUAAGAACUUAAGAUUAGUGUCA